GAUCCUAGUAGCCAACACCUAGUGUAAGCGUGGCUGUGUAUUGAGCAAGUACUCAAGCCGUCGUUUUAGAGUCACGGUUUUUUAUUUAACAAAAAAAAAUUUUAGUUUAAGUCUAAGCACAUACGCAAGAUGGCGCGUGUGUUGCCAGUUUUAAGUUUAUUUGUGCUGUGCUGCGCUUUAGUUGCCGCUCAAGAUUCCAAAGACAAAUUAGAAGGCGUUGACGUCGAAGAGGUCUGCGCAGAUAGAGCGGCAGAUGAGUAUUUCCGUUUAGAUACAGAAGGCGAUUGCCGUGAAGUUUACAGAUGUGACAAUGCCGGUGAGAAUGGCAGCACACGUUUAGCAUCCAUAAGAUGCGCAGGUGGUUUGGCAUUCGAUAUCAUACGUCAAACCUGUGAUUGGAAAUCGAAUGUCAAAAAUUGUGAUGAAUUUGAAAAACCACGUAAGGUUAAACCUAUUUUGAAGACUGAUGAGCCCAUCUGUCCAGAUGGAAAACUCUCCUGUGGAGAUGGUGAAUGUAUUGACAAGGAAUUAUUCUGUAACGGCAAAUCUGACUGCAAAGAUGAAUCUGAUGAAAACGCAUGUUCCGUUGAUGAGGAUCCAAAUCGUGCUCCAGAAUGUGAUCAAACACAGUGUGCUCUGCCAGAUUGUUUCUGUUCAGCUGACGGUACUCGUAUUCCCGGUGGUAUUGAACCACAACAAGUACCACAAAUGAUAACCAUCACAUUCAACGGUGCCGUUAAUGUAGAUAAUAUUGAUCUGUAUGAAGAUAUCUUCAACGGCCAACGUCAAAACCCUAAUGGUUGCUCCAUUAAGGGUACAUUCUUUGUCUCUCACAAAUACACCAAUUACUCAGCUGUACAAGAUUUACACAGACGAGGUCAUGAAAUUUCCGUUUUCUCACUUACACACAAAGAUGAUCCCAAUUACUGGACAGGUGGUACCUAUGAUGAUUGGUUAGCUGAAAUGGCUGGUGCUCGUUUGAUUGUUGAACGUUUUGCUAAUAUUACUGAUGGUUCAAUUAUUGGUAUGCGUGCUCCAUACUUGCGUGUUGGUGGCAACAAACAAUUUGAAAUGAUGGCUGAUCAAUUCUUCGUUUAUGAUGCUUCAAUUACUGCUUCAUUGGGACGUGUACCAAUCUGGCCUUACACACUUUAUUUCCGUAUGCCACAUAAAUGCAAUGGUAAUGCACAUAAUUGUCCAUCUCGUAGUCAUCCUGUUUGGGAAAUGGUCAUGAACGAAUUAGAUCGUCGUGAUGAUCCAACAUUCGAUGAAUCAUUGCCCGGUUGUCAUAUGGUAGACUCUUGCUCCAACGUUGCCAGUGGUGAACAAUUCGCACGUCUUUUACGUCACAAUUUCAAUCGUCACUACAAUAGUAACCGUGCACCAUUGGGUUUACAUUUCCAUGCUUCUUGGUUGAAAUCAAAGAAAGAAUAUCGCGAUGAAUUGAUUAAAUUCAUUGAAGAGAUGUUGGGACGCAACGAUGUAUUCUUCGUCACAAACUUGCAAGUUAUUCAAUGGAUGCAAAAUCCAACUGAAAUCAACACACUACGUGAUUUCCAGGAAUGGAAAGAAAAAUGUGAUGUCAAGGGACAACCCUACUGCUCACUUCCAAAUGCGUGCCCUCUGACAACAAGAGAAUUGCCCGGUGAAACUUUACGUUUAUUCACCUGCAUGGAGUGUCCAAAUAACUAUCCAUGGAUCUUAGAUCCAACUGGAGAUGGUUUCUCAGUUUAAAUUAUAUUCAUAAAAAAAACAACAAUACAAUGUAGUAAUUUAAACUUAA